AUGAUGAAAAUCAUAAUCAUCGCCUUGGUUUGUCUGUCCAUGACAUCUGCCAUCAUGAAGGGAUACGGCUACGGCAUUGGCUAUGGCGGCAUCGGAUACGGAAUGGGCAUGGGCUAUGGUGGCAUUGGAUAUGGAUUGGGCAUGGGCUAUGGCGGCAUCGGAUACGGAAUGGGCUUUGGUGGCCUGGGAUACGGAUUGGGAAUGGGAUAUGGUGGAUACGGAAUGGGCUAUGGCGGUUACGGACUGGGUAUGGGUUUUGGCUACGGAUACGGCAAGAAGAUGAUGUACUAG